AUGGACAUUACAAGGUUCAACCAACUUGUGGCACUCCCUGACUUUGCCCGCGAAGUAGAGCGGUGCGAGUUCUGCGCAAUUGAUCAGGAAAUGACGGGUGUCGAUGUAACCGGUGUUUCCACGUCGUUCGGUGCCCCGCCAGAGACGGUAUAUCAUGCGAAACGCGCUGCUGUGGAAGCAUACAAUGCCUUUCAAAUGGGCAUCGCUCUCUUCACAAAAACUGAGAAUAACACGUACGAGGUUCGUCCAUACAACUUCUACCUGCUCAAUGGCAGUGGGGACCUGCGGCUGAACCUCUCGGUUGUCUCCUUUUUGGCAGCAAAUCACCUGAAUUUCCAGGCGUGGCUCACAUCCGGGCUUCCCUUCUGCAACGAACAAGAGGAAGCUACCUACGAGGAGAAGCUUAUAACUCCCUUUACCGACCAUACCGAGCAGCAAAUGGCUGAUUCGCUCAUCAACGCGAUUGACGAGUGGAUGCCGACUGGCAGUGAGGCACUACUCAAAGAACUGCCCUGCGUGAUAGAUCUUGCCCGGCGUCUGCAGAGCUUUCUGGAGCGUCGCUACGACUCUCGCAUCACCGUCAACUACGAUGGAAAGCCAUACCUGGGGCAGAAAAUGAAGUUUACGCUGAAGAAACUGGACACAAAUGAGUGGAUCAGCGAAAAGGAAAAAAGGCGUUUGCAAUGCGAGCGCGACCGUGCGCAACACCUCGGCUUUCGACAAUUCUGGAAAAUUCUUGUGCAGAGCAGAAAGCCGAUUGUCGGUCACAAUUUUAUGCAAGAUGUUAUGUUCAUGGUUCACAUGCACGAAACGCCGCUUUCGCAGGAUUACCUCGAAUUCAAGAAAGUGCUGCAACGCACACUGCCCUCUAUUUACGACACAAAAACCAUGGCCGCCAAGUUGACGGGGGACGAUGCCUUUCCAGUCACACACUUGGAGCCUUUGUAUCAAGAGUGUCGCCGCCGAGCCAGUCUCUCGAGCGACCAAUUCACGCAAGAGUACCGGUUACCACCUGGGUUUUAUGGGUACAAUGACUCCGCUGUAAAGCAGCAAAGCAAGGCACACGAAGCAGCAUAUGACGCGUACAUGACAGGAAUCGCGUUCUCACUUAUGCAUAAACUUUACCCCGGAGCCUUCAUGGAGGUGAAAAAUGUUAUUUCAGCAUUUGGAAGUGCUUACUUUUGUUGCGUUGACACAGAUGACCAACUAGUUAACCCCAGCACAUUCAUUUUGAAAUGUGCUGUUCCCUGCCAUUCGGAAGAGAUUGAAGCACUCUUUUUUGCCACUGAGGAUAUGACCACCCAAGUGGCAGAAAAUGGAAAAGUGGAUAUGAGAAAACUUUCCUACCAGGUCAACGGUCUUGCGAACAACGAGGGUACAAAAAAGUACUCGUCAUUCUGCGUUCGAAUGAAACAGGCUAUGGGACUCGAUGAUCUAAACCGUCGCCUACAGUCGCUCCGGAACAAGGAAUUGUCUCCGAGCACAAACGUCAACUCUCUGUUGCUAGAUCUCGUCACCUUGCACAACGCCUGA